GCGAGAAACGAGACGCCGAUGAGAGACAGAAGUUGGAACUGAUGUCCAAACUGUCGCUCAGUUGUCGCUCGCAUUUGGACGAAGAGUUGGCCAAAAAGGAGAACCAGACCACCGAUGAGGACGACUUCGACGACAUGAACGACCCGUUUCUCAAAGAAUAUAUGAUUAAACGAAUGCAGGAAAUGAUGGAACAGAUCGACAGCGACGGCAAAGAGAGGCCAGUGUUCGGCAAACUGUUGCUCUUGGGCUCCGGCGCCGAGUUCUUGGAGGCCAUCGACAAGGAGAAGAAGUUCGUGACCAUCAUAUGUCACAUAUACACCCAUAACAUCCAGGAGUGCGUCGAUAUGAACGGCUGUCUCGACUGUUUGGCCAAACAGUACUCAAAUGUCAAGUUCUGUGCUAUCGAGGCCUCCAUCGCCGGAAUGAGCAAACAUUUUUCAAAGAGUGGAGUUCCGGCACUUCUAGUCUAUAAGGCGGGCCAACUAUUGGCCAACUUUGUCCGAUUGGGCGACGAGUUCAGCGACCGCUUCUUCGCCGCAGACAUCGAGAAAUUUCUGGUCGAGUGAGUAGUCUUUGCGCGACGUUUA